GCUCGCAUGAGCAAAGUGGCAGAGGAAAGUCUCAAAUCUGAGAUCGAGCAGUUAAAUGCUGAGUUAACGGAUACCUCGCGCUUCCAAGAAGCGUAUCUCAGCCUCGUCGAGGAAGUAGAAGGCUUGCUUGCCAGAAACACGUUGGCAGAGGAAGAAACAGAACGUUUAAGUAAAUUCAAUGCGGAGAUAAUUGGCCAUAACAACCCCGCGCAAAGAAUCAUGUAUGUUGACAGGAUAAGACGAGAGCUUUCUGAGACAAAACAGAAAUUGCUUAUGUCUAUGCGAGACAAGGAUGUUGUUGUUGCCGAAAACGACGAUUUGCGACAUGAAAUCGCCAUGUACAAAUCUGUCAUGGUUCCUGUUGAUAGCAAACCUCGCACACAUAUCACACGAGUUUCUCGACCACCAUUAUCAAACCAGAAUCUGAAUGUCAGUGUGGUAGAGCUGCAAGAUGCUGGUUCUGAUGGGUGUCCAAAGAUGACUGCGUCAAAUCCGCCAAUACUGGAGACAAUCGAUGGUGAUAUGACUGUUGACGAGCUAUCGUAGAUUUCUUUAAAUUGCUUUAUUUAUAGUUUAUUAUUUUAUAUAUGCAUACGCAAGAACUAAAUCCGAUGAAG